GCAGAAUUCACCAGUCGAAGGAGAAGUUGUAGAGCUGCCAGUUGAGGAGGCACGAACGUCCUCGCAAGGAAUUCCAGCACCAAAGCGACCAGGAUUAGUCCUAAGAACUACAGAACUGCCCAGUGCACAUGGUAGGCAAGUAGAGGCCUCAUCUUCCUCUCCAGGAGACAGGAGACAAGACGCGCGAACAACAGAACCAGAUGCUUUGCCGAAAGAAGUACUAAGGGUAGGUUAAAGGCGCUUUUCUUACCGCUUUCUAUGCCUCUCCUAAGGGAGAAAGGCAUAAAAAGCGGGGUAAGCGAGCACCAAAAACCUACCUCUAAAAGUAUCAGAAGACUUUAUCACUAGAGGAAAAAAGGAAGGAACGCCAAACAAGAUUCCUACGAAGAAGC